AUGCCCCUGAAUGUAUCUGUCCACCCACAGAUGCCCCCGAAUGUCCCCGGGCACCUGACCUGCCGCUGGAAGACGUGUGGCCAAAGUUUCCCCACCCAGAAGACCUUGUCCCUGCACGUCAACGAUGACCAUGUCCGUAUCGAGAGGCCUGACCUAGAUUUUCAGUGCCACUGGCAGGGCUGCCCGAGGAAGGGCAGGGGCUUUAAUGCCAGGUAUAAAAUGUUGAUCCACAUCCGCACCCACACCAACGAGAAACCACACGAAUGUUAUGUGUGUGGCAAGUGUUUCUCGCGACUGGAGAAUCUAAAAAUUCACACGCGUUCCCAUACAGGGGAAAAACCAUAUUUGUGCUCCUUCCCCGGGUGCACCAAAGCUUACUCAAACUCCAGCGAUCGCUUCAAGCACGUUCGCACGCACCAGGAAGACAAACCGUACAAAUGCAAGAUGGCGGGCUGCCUGAAGCAGUACACGGACCCCAGCUCCCUGAGGAAACAUGUCCGCACCCACGGGCACACGGUGGGGCUUGAUGGACUCUUGCUACGUCGGGCCAUCAGCGGGGAGCCGUGUGACCGGAAGCUCCACGACCGGAAGUCAGGUGUCGGCUGCUACAGGAGACUGAGUCUCCAGACAGAGUACCAGGAGGGUUUUUGUGAUCACAGCGACCCGAGAAAUUACAUGUGUAAGACAGAUAGUUCUGACAGCAGUAGUACGAGAAAUUACAUGUGUAAGACAGAUAGUUCUGACAGCAGUAAUACGAGAAAUUACAUGUGUAAGACAGAUAGUUCUGACAGCAGUAAUACGAGAAAUUACAUGUGUAAGACAGAUACUACUCACAUCGGUCACUCAGCGGGUGUUAAAGUGAACGUAACGCCUUUUGAGCAGGUUGACAUUAAAAUGGAAGAGUUACCCUACAACGAGGGAAGCGAAUCGCAAACGGAAACAAGCUUUAGUCCUGUUGACAUGACACGUGAUGUGAGGCAGCCAAUGGUUGAAGACUUACAAGAUUCGAACUUUAGAAUACAAGAUGUGGUUAAAACCGAAAGAACUUCAAACACGAAAACUUUUCUUCAAAAUAUUUUAACUAGCACAUUUGAUGUCGGAUAUUAUUCCAGUAAAAUGAAUAAACUGUCAACUGAGGAAGCUGGAAAAGUUUCAGAAGUUAAAAAUAGCCACGAGAUGGAUAAAAUAUCAACAUACCAGAGUUGCCCGUCUGCUCGUGUUCCAGAUUUUUGUCACGUGACAUCCAGCCGCCAUGACACAUCAAAAAAUUUAAUGAAUGUAUCCUCGUCAUCAGCCCCACAAGUCAAAUCUCCCCAGGUCAAGUCUCCCCAGCACUGGAAAAAGAGAAAAAUUUUGAGCAGCGAACUGGAAAACAAGAUGGACGCCCUGCAGUCUAGUUUUGUGGUUGCACCCCGUGACCCCAGGGUUCAAAGUUCAACUCCGACAGGAGUAAUCUCCCCCCAGGAUGUCCACAAGAAAUCCUCCACUGAUGCCAGUUGGUGGCUGACGUCUGCUGCAGUUCCAUCGUCUCCUCGAGCUAACGGUGUCAGAACGUCGUGUUCUGGAACAUCUUGUUCUAGAUCGCCUUCCCCUGUUCCCUGUUCUAGUUUCCCUCAGCCUAUUUCCAGUGAACUUUCCCUUGGCAUUCCCUCCCCUGCAUCCACCACACCUGCCUCUACACCAACAACACCUGCAUCCAUUACACCUGCAUCCAUUACACCUGCAUCCAUUACACCUUCAUCCAUUGCACCUGCAUCCAUUACACCUGCAUCCAUUACACCUGCACCAAAUGAUAGCCAAUCGUGUAGAUCCCCACACUCCACACCCCAACAUCAUUUUUCUGACAGCCACCACAAGAUGGGUAACUCGCUCCCCACCACACACUCGAUUACCUCCCCUUACCUAUCCCCAUUUGACCCCCAUGCCACCAGUUACACCCCACACACCAAACUUCCUUUAGCCACUGAGACUUACCUCCCUUACAGCCCCUCCUACACAUCACAACCAGAGUACCUGCACAGCCGUUUCUUUCACCCCCACCCGGGCAUACCCCCACCCCUCUCACCAUCACUUACCUACCCAGGGGAGAGACAACUCUUGGACCAGUUGUCGCACAAAUUUCUGGUCUCAUUAACUCCCAUUGUCAGCCUCCCUGCCCUCUCCUCCCAUCUAGCACUCCCAGUGUUGCCGCCCCUGAAUAGAUUGUUCUAUGACUUCCCUCUUGAGGUCUACCCCCGCCUCCCCCUCACUCACACUUUUGAUCCAGUUUAUUUUGGUUCCAGGUCAUUUAAAAAUUAAAAUCCUCUGCUGGUCAGUUUAUUUUGGACCAUUUUCAUCCUAAAAAGAAAAUGACUUUGGCUUUCAUGGAAUGAAGUGGCCAGGUUUGAACAGUGGUCAAGCCAGACUUUCACCUGCGAUCUGCUAGACACACCACAACAGACACAGGUGUGUUACCUUCACAGGAAUGGGGGGGGGGGGGUACUGGGAUGAUUACCUCAUUAGGAAAAUUUUCAAAUUGCUAAUUCAAGAGGCACAAAGAAAUAAUGAAAACAAAUGCUCACCUAUUUGAAUUUUUUAUGUUUUUAAAAAAUUAUUGUUUACUUUCUAGUUUAUGUUUUGAGACUUUGGUUGUCUAAAUAGACUACUUUAUUAUAUAAUUUUAUAUUUAUAGCCUUCUAUUUUUAUGUGUUGUGAAAUAUUUUUACUGUAAUUCAUAAAGCAUUUCAACGACUACUUUAAAAAAAUGUAUGUGAUAUAGUUUAAUCUUUUAAAAACCAGUUAAUUAAUUAAUAAGUAUUUAAAUAAUUACAUUACAGAUAAAUUACUGAUUUUGUAGACUCACCUAAGUUUGUAUGUGUAAUUUAUAGUAUAUGGUUAGUUGUAUGUUUUGUUUUUUAUUUUUACCUUUAUGUCUUUUGAUAAAAUACCCCACAUCUCUGCUUUUGUUAGCUGAAUACCUUGACAUGGCAUGUAAACAAUGCUGCAGACAAUAUUUGAUUGACAUUUGUUGCUGUUGAUUAGUCAGCAUAUGCUGUACAUUUGUGAUAAAACUUGUUGCCUUUUUAACUGCUAGAUACUGGUUGUCAGCAGUGUGUAUAUUUUUAUAUUCAUUGGUGAUGACUUGAAUUAACCAAUCCAUAUUUUUUAUAUUUUCUUUAAUUUUAUCAUUUAUUACAAAACAUUUUUACAAUAAAUAAUAAAUUGUCUCGCUGUAUUUUGCAAGGGGAGACCACUUCAAACAGAUUAUGUUAGAAGUUUAUUUUUUAUAAAAGCAUAAUUCAACUGAAGCACUACAAUAAGUACAAAUUAUUUUACUGUUCAUUAAGUAGACUAGUUAGUCUGGCACUUUAAUAGUCUAUUAUUUAAUCAACUGAAUUCAACCAAAAAUCUCCAGAGUCCUCUGUCCUGUGCCAUCUUCCCAAUGAAGGUCAUUUUUUGCUGUUUUUUUCCCACCUUAAUGGCUGCCUGGUGAUAUUAGUUGGUGUUUUGCGUAGGGUAGUAAACUGAUUUAAUUAAUUAUUUUGGUCAGAUUUAAUACUGUUAAUAAGAGCCAGUUGCUUUAGUACUAGCAACACAACACGACUUGAUAGAAGUUUUUGAUCAAGAGGAAAUAACCCUUUAGGGUGAGGUCCAACACAAACUAAAUUGUAAAUUGCCAGACUCAGAAUUUAUUUAGCUGCAGCAAUGCUCCAUGCUAGGUGAUCCCAAGACUUUAUUAUUCAAAAGUUUACUCUACUGUACAUGUGAUGAAAAAUGUGAUGUUCUUUGUUUAAAGUUACAAAAGAGAA